UGUCCCAUGUGACUUUGGGGCUUGUUUAUUCCGUCACGGGCGGAGGGCAAAAGGCCAGAGGCCUUUUGUUGGGGGCGGAGUCGGAUUCCUUCAGCGAGCGGGGCCAUGUCUGGAGCCCGGCCCCGCCGAGGAGCCCCGCAGCAUGGAGCCCCAGAUAAAUCUCAGUGUGACUUUUAGUGGUGAGACCCAGAGUUUCCUGGUUUCAAAUUCAUCAAACACAACCUGGGCUGAUGUGGAAGCCAUGGUGAAAGUUUCAUUUGAUCUAAACAACAUUCAGAUCAAAUACGUGGAUGAGGACAAUGAUGAGGUCUCUGUCAAUAGUGAAGAGGAAUAUGAAGAAGCUCUGAAGAUUGCAGUUACACAAGGAAAUCAGCUCCAAAUGAAAGUGUACGAAGUCAACUCCCUUCCAAGUGAAACUCUGCAUUCCUGUUCCACACAAGCAUGUGAAAAAGCUGGGUCAGAAAAGCUGCCUAUUCCCAAAGACGGAAAGAGACCCCUCUCUCACUAUUCCAUGCUUGCUCAGGCCUUGGGGCGGGAUUUGAAGGCUGAAAGGGAGACCACAACACAGCAAAAGCUAAAUCAUAAUGAAGCUGAAGGGACCAAUGAAAAGCCUCCAGAGUGGUUUACUAGCUACUUGGAAUCCUUCAGGGAACAAGUCGUUAAAGAAACUGUUGAGAAACUGGAACAAAAACUAAGUGAGAAGCUCAUCCUUCAUAAUCAGCCCCCAGACUCCUCCAGCAGCUCCAUUGCAACAGCAGACCCAGCGCCAGAGACCCAGUCAACGGACAGCAGCCAGUGUGACUGGCUAAUAUCCUGCAGCAACUGCCAAGCCCGGAUAGUGGGGAUCCGCUACCAGUGCAGUGUGUGCCCAGCCUACAGUAUUUGUGAACUAUGUGAAGCAGGGACAUAUGAACAUGAUCCUAAUCAUGUCUUGUUGAAAUUGCGGAGACCUGUUCUAUGUGUGUCUGAGACGUACAGCAUUGGGCAGUUCUCCCCUCGUCUCCCAGCUACUCUGGAGCAAGUUAGGCUCCAGAAACAAAUGGACAAAAGAUUUCUGAAGGCAGAAAAGCAAAGAUUACGAGCUGAGAAGAAACAGCGCAAAGCUGAGGUCCGAGAGCUCAAAAAACAGUUAAAGCUGCACAGGAAGAUUCACCUGUGGAACUCUGUCCAUGCGCUGGAGAUCACCGGCUCACCCGCUAGCAAAUCAGAGAGCCCCCAGCUCAGUGCUGUCAUGAGUCCUAGCCAGCCCUGUCCAACAAUUGUCCCAACACUGAGCGCAGCAUUUGUGGACGAGAAUUUGCCUGAUGGGACUCACCUACAACCAGGGACAAAGUUUAUCAAGCACUGGCGGAUGAAGAACACAGGCAACGUGGAGUGGAGCUCAGACACCAAGUUAAAAUUCAUGUGGGGAAAUCUGACCCUGGGGUCUUCUGAAAGAAAGGAUGUGUUGGUGCCAUCCCUGCCAGCAGGGCAAGUGGGGAUUGUCUCGGUCGAGUUUAUUGCGCCUGCUCUAGAAGGGAGCUAUGCUUCUCAUUGGCGGCUGUCACACAAGGGGGAGCAGUUUGGACCCAGAGUUUGGUGCAGUAUCGUUGUGGAUCCCUCUUCGCCAGCCACUGCCUGUUUGGAGAGAAAUCAGAAGACAUCUAAUUCCAGUCUAAAGGAUAAAACGUCCUGUGGAAAUGAGGCGGUUUCUUCAACGUCAGAAGCAGAAGGCCAGCAGGCUGAUGAGAUGGAGCAGACAGACGUGCAAGCCUUCCCUCUGAGGGUUAAAAAUAUCCCCAGCGAGAGAGAGUUUUACAUCCCAUCGGUUGAUCUCCUGACUGCACAGGACUUGCUGUCCUUUGAGCUGCUGGACAUUAACAUUGUGCAGGAGCUAGAGCGAGUGCCACACAAUACUCCUGUUGACAUGACUCCGUGCAUGUCUCCUCUGCCACAUGAGAACCCUCUGCUAGAGAAACCUGGUCUGGGUCAGAUAGAGGAGGAGAACGAGGGGAGUGGAUUUAAACCAGUACCCGAUGCUCACAUGGUGAAAGUGAAGACUGACCAUCCAGUGAACUUGGAAGAGGGGGAAGAAGACAUGAGUGGGACUCAGUUUGUAUGCGAAACGGUCAUUCGUUCACUCACCCUGGAUGCUGCACCUGACCACAAACCUCCUCAAAGGAAGAAAUCACUGCAGAGCUCUCUGCAAACAUUACAAGACACCCUCAGUUACAGUGUAAAAAGCGAAGAAACUCCUGGGACAAAAAGUCAUUCUAUUCCCAAACCCAAGGAAAUGGGCUCAAAGAGCCAUCUGACAGAGGAAAAUAGGUUUGAGAAACCUGCAGCGUCUGACAGCGCGAGUCUCAGUGGGGAGCCCAGCGACGCAGAGUAUGAAGAAGAUGAUGUUAAAGACGAAGUUCAAAGCCAAGCAUCCUCUGCUUCUUCCGAGGACUAUAUCAUUAUCCUCCCUGAAUGCUUCGAUACCAGCCGUCCUCUGGGGGAGAGCAUGUAUAGCUCUGCCCUCUCUCAGCCCAGUCUGGAAAGAGCAGUAGAGACUGAAAGGGAGACGGUGAUUCCAGAAGUGAGCCAGCCCCAGUUCCAUAAUAUCAAUGAUAUCCUAACAAUUUCACAGACGCUGGAUGCAGUACCAUUGACCCCAGAGAUCGUCGGGAUCCUGCCCCAACAGCAAAGGAACUCCUCUUCUCUUCAGAGUCAUAGUCUCCAAAACCGAAAUUGGCCAGUUACAGAGGAAGUACCUUCAGCUGUUCCUGAUCAAAUAAGAGAAGAGCCCAGCGAUGAAGACUUUCCUGGACCAGGAGCUUCAGGCGUUGUAAAUAAUAAUAAAUCAAAGUGCCCAGAAGACACAAGACACCCCCAAGGAAGCAGCCUUGCAGGAGGGCUGGUUAAAGGAGCUUUGUCUGUUGCUGCUUCUGCCUACAAAGCACUGUUUGCUGGACAGUCCAUUGCAGAACAGCAGCCAACAGCUACAGAAGAGCAGACUGCCACUCUCCUAGCCUAUCUGUGUGAGAUGGGAUUCUGUGACAGGCAGUUAAACCUGAGACUGCUGAAGAAGCACAACUAUAACACAGGGCACGUAGUUACUGAAUUGCUUCAGAUCAAUAACAAUGACUGGUACAGCAGCAGAUAUUGACUCCUGGUAGCCAAGGCACCCAUAUUUGACCAGACUGUUAUUAAACACCGCAGCAGCAGACUACACCUAGGCUUCAUUCUGUUCUCGGGUUGGGGGAAAGAAUCACUUCAGUUCCAUUUUUCUUCAAUGCUUGAUUUGUUCCUUCAACUGAAAUCUCAAACACGCCACCCGCCUUUCAGCAUUUGAUGAAUCAAAGACCAGAAUUUUAACUUUAUUUUAGACACUGGCUAGAUAGUUGAAUAACUUUUUAAAUCUGAUUUGAUACUAAAUCUCUUGUAUCGGGGAGCUCAGCAGAAUUAUUUAAAACUUCUCCAAGACAAGUGAGAACUUCCUCUUUGACUGUGUAAGUUGGGAUAUUGUUUCACUGACCUCAGUCUGAAUAAGCACUGAGAGGAGGGGUCAGACACGACUGUUAAAUACAGUCUCACCUAAUCUUCAAGAUUAGCAGGAUACCACUGGUGAGAGGAGUGUGUGUCUCAUUUAAAAAAAACAAAAAACCUGACUUCUCUAAUUCAUGAUAGAAGCACAAAUAGAUUAAAAAUACACAGUAAGCACUCUUUUAAAAACAGGGGAAGUGCUCACAUGAAAGUCAUCUAAAAAGCCCCAUGAUUUAAAAUGUAUUUUAAAAUAUUGAAAUAAUAACCAAUGUUAAUUUAAAUGUACUUAAUGAAGGUCUGGAAUUUCAUUGUUUUAAUUUCAUUGUAGAUAGAAUGAAGCAUGAGGAUUAAUUCACCAGCAGCUCUUGAACAGUGUCUCUAAUGGUGAUAGUACAAAAAGUAUUUUCCUCAGCAAAGAAACAAAAGGUGUGUCAGCCUACAUAAAAUGUUUUCCUGAAAAUGGAACUGUAGGAAAAGUCCACCUGUGAAUCCUUAGGGACUUUUUGCAAAGGAUGGAGGUUUGACUGCUGCUUGUUCAGAAUCACUGCAGUGCAAACUUUGUUUCAUUGAUGAUGAUGAACUGAAGAAUGCGAUAGGUCAGGCCAAUAUGGGGGUGUGAAUUCUUGUAAUGUUUGGGAAUGUGAGUGGGAGUGGGAGAGGUGGGAUUUGGUUGACUUCUGGUUUUUAGAAAAGCAUUAACUUUAGCAGCAUUAACUCCCCAGUCUGCCUUGAUGAAUCACCUAUUGGACUGCCAUUUUGGCUUACAUGCCAUAUUUGCAGGAGAUGAAAAUCUGAGGAAAAUAAUUCCCUUUGAAAUCUGCCAGGGCUAGGGUUUGAUUCUUGGGAACAGCAGAAAACCAUCAGCAUCCACUGCAGCGCGUCUUAGAACCCAGCCAUCGAUAGCAAUGUCGGCGUCCUUGUGAACCUGUUGGGGCUUAAGUGAAUGUUUUUUCCUUGCUACACCAAAUCUCAGACCACUGACAGUAUCUAAAAUAUAUUAAACUUGGAUCACUGCUGCUUCUAAGUAAGGUGUUGCUAUUUUGACAGGAUGUGGCUAAAGAGUCCAAAGCAGUAUCAGUAUUGUGAUUGACUGACUAUAUAAUAAUCAUUAGCCAUACAGAUAUAAAUUAGAUUCUAUUAAAAGUAUUAGAAGAAAACGUAUCCGAUACAAGUUUGUUGUUUAAAAUCUAUUUUUAUAGAAGAUGCAAGAUAACAAAUUGUUGAACGUUUAUUUUGAAAUACAGGGAGACUAUUUUGCAGUGUGUUUCCCCCACCCCAGUGCAUUUGUCUUGUGUGGACCAAUUCUAGAUAAUUCCUCACUUGAUAAAACUACAAUUUAAUACUCUUCCAUCAACUACAGCCCUUUCGCAGACUGGUCUGUAGUUUUGUAGAUCAAGCUUACAGAAGUAUGAAAUGAUAAGGAUGAAGUUCAGUUGCUGGUGCAUAUCUUUCCUUGACCCAGAUUUUCCAACACGAAAAAGGUUUUGUUCUUGAUACAUACCUUUCUACCGAAAGUGGGUUUUUUUAAAAUCUUUCCAUUUGAGCUCCUUUAAUUGUUAAAAACUAAAAGAUUUGCAAGUAACAAACUUCAUUUGAGAUUGAAAUCCUCUUUUUAGUUUUUCCCCCUCCAUAAUGCUUGGGUUAGUUUUACUGUUAUAACUCUAAACCAUUGUCCUCGAUCCUGAUUGUUUUAGAUAAUGUAUGCUUGGACUUAAGAUAUAUUUCUGUUGGCUUUGUAUAUUUUGUUAAUGGAUGCAUGAUAUAAUUUAUAAUAUAUUCCAUAGUGCAGAUAAGGUAUUUGUAUAUUAUUUAGAAUAAAGCACUUUAAAGUCUUCAAAUGUGAUGUAAAAACAAUAAAAAAUCUUUUUGCCUCAGUCCUUGUAAUAAAAUA